UGGAUGAAGUCAGAUUAGUGAACUGAAGCUGAAUUUGUCUCCUCGGAUGAUUUGUCUCAUUUCUUCUCACUUUCCUUUUUGUGGAUUGAAAUGAUGAAGUGAUGUUUAGCUGGAAAAGUGGAUUCAUGUUUCUGCAGAUGAACAAAUGAACAAGUGAUCAGCUGAGAUGUGUUUGUGAAUCAGAGAAGAAGAUGAUGAUCAGGGUGGACGGAUUAAUGAUGAUUGUUUGGAGCUGAGAGAAGAAGAAGAAGAUGUACGAGGAGAGGAAAAGUUCUGGUCGUAAUGGCUACGCCAAAACAGUGGAGGGGGAGGAGGGAGGAGGUGAGGGUGAGGAAGAGGAGGAGGAGGGAGGAGAGGGGGAUGAAGGAGGAGAGGAAAGAGACACAGAGUGGGACGAAGAGUUGGACGGAGGAAGCGAAGGAGGCAUGAGGAUGACGAGGACGGACACGCUUCAUUCAACUACGAGUUCAACCGGAACACAGAGGAGGAGAGGACAACACGCUAAGAAACAGGUGCAGGGCAGUAACCAGGUGCAGCGAGCUCCCCGAGCGUUAUUCUGUCUGAAGCUCAACAAUCCAAUCAGACGAGCCGCUCUCUCUAUUGUCGAGUGGAAACCAUUCGACAUCUUCAUCCUGUUAGCCAUCUUUGCUAACUGUGUCGCUCUGGGAGUCUCUAAACCGUUUCCUGAGGACGACUCCAACUCCACCAACCACGACCUGGAACAAGUGGAGUACGUCUUCCUCAUCAUCUUUACUGUGGAAACAUUCCUCAAAAUCUUGGCCUACGGUCUGGUGAUGCACCCGAGCUCGUACAUCCGCAACGGCUGGAACCUUCUUGACUUUGUCAUCGUCAUCGUUGGGUUAUUCAGUGUCAUUUUGGAGACGAUGACUCAUAAAUCUGGCGAGCAGGCGACCACUCAUCAUGUGCCCGGUAAACCUGGAGGUCUGGAUGUCAAAGCUCUGAGAGCCUUCAGAGUGCUGAGGCCCCUCAGACUGGUUUCUGGAGUCCCCAGUCUGCAGAUCGUGUUGAACUCCAUCAUGAAGGCGAUGGUCCCUCUGCUCCACAUCGCUCUGCUGGUUCUCUUCGUCAUCAUCAUUUACGCCAUCAUCGGUCUGGAGCUCUUCAUAGGACGCAUGCACCGCACCUGCUAUUACCUCGGAACAGAUAAUUACGUGGAGGACGACCCGGUGCCGUGUGCAUUCGCCGGUCACGGCCGUCAGUGCGUGAUUAACGGCUCCGAGUGUCGCGGGAGGUGGGACGGUCCCAACGGAGGAAUCACCAACUUUGACAACUUCUUCUUCGCCAUGCUGACGGUGUUCCAGUGCAUCACGAUGGAGGGCUGGACCGACGUCCUGUACUGGAUGAACGACGCCAUCGGCUUCGAGCUGCCGUGGGUGUACUUCGUCAGUCUGGUCAUCUUCGGAUCUUUCUUCGUCCUGAACCUUGUCCUGGGAGUCCUCAGCGGAGAGUUCAGUAAGGAGAGGGAGAAGGCGAAGGCUCGUGGAGAUUUCCAGAAGCUGAGGGAGAAGCAGCAGAUGGAGGAGGACCUGUGUGGGUACAUGGACUGGAUCACUCAGGCUGAGGACAUGGACGAGCUCGAUGAGGACGGAAACCCACGUCCGUGUCUCGGCGAUCUGUCCGAUAAGAAAAGAGGAAAGUUCGGAUGGUUCAGUCACUCCAAUGAAACUCAUGCGAGUCUCCCUGCGAGUGAGACAGCGUCUGAGAACACAGUGAACAUCGAUGAGGAACAUACAAACUGCUGUCAGGCGUGCUGCUCAAAGAUGAUGAAGAUCAGCUGCUGUCGGACGUUGCGUCGCUGGAAUCGAGUCUGUCGCAGAAACUGUCGCACCGCCGUCAAAUCGGUGACAUUCUAUUGGCUGGUUCUCCUGCUCGUCUUCCUCAACACCUCCCUCAGCGCCUCCGAGCACUACAACCAACCUGAGUGGCUGACACAAGUCCAAGACAUCGCCAACAAGGUGCUGCUGUCUCUGUUCACCGUGGAGAUGCUGCUGAAGAUGUACAGUCUGGGACUGGCUCAUUAUUUCGUGGCGUUCUUUAACCGCUUCGACUGCUUCGUGGUGUGCGGCGGCAUCAUGGAGACCAUCCUGGUGGAGCUGGAGAUCAUGCCUCCUCUGGGCAUCUCGGUGCUGCGCUGCGUCCGCCUGCUGAGGAUCUUCAAGGUGACACGCCAUUGGACAGCUCUGUCCAAUCUGGUGGCGUCGCUGCUGAACUCCAUGAAGUCCAUCGCCUCCCUGCUGCUGCUCCUCUUCCUCUUCCUCAUCAUCUUCGCUCUGCUCGGCAUGCAGCUGUUUGGAGGGAAGUUCAACUUCGACGAGACACAGACCAAACGCAGCACCUUCGACGCCUUUCCGCAGGCGCUGCUCACCUGCUUCCAGAUCCUGACAGGUGAGGACUGGAACGUGGUCAUGUAUGACGGCAUCAUGGCGUACGGCGGCCCCGUGUUCCCAGGCAUGAUCGUGUGUGUUUACUUCGUCAUCCUCUUCAUCUGCGGGAACUACAUCCUGCUGAAUGUGUUCUUGGCCAUCGCCGUGGACAACCUGGCAGGAGGAGACGGAGACGACAAGAAGAAAGAUAAGAAGACAGAAGGAGCCGAGGAGGAGGAGGCCGAGGAGGAGGAGGAGGAAGGAGGAGAAGUGAAGGUGGACAUCGACGAAGACACCGAGUAUGAGGAGGAAGAGGAGGGAGGAGAAGGAGAAGACGACGGAGGAGUCCAGUUAAAGAUGGCCGACCUGACGCCGCCCAAAGAGAAAAUUCUACCAAUCCCAGAAGGCAGUGCGUUUUUCUGCCUCAGCAAGACCAACCCUAUCCGUGUGGGCUGUCACACUCUGAUCCACCACCACAUCUUCACCAACCUCAUCCUCGUGUUCAUCAUCCUGAGCAGCUGCUCAUUGGCCGCUGAGGAUCCAAUCAGAGCGCACUCCUUCAGGAACAACAUCCUGGGUUAUGCAGACUACGCCUUCACCUCCAUCUUCACUGUGGAGAUUCUGUUAAAGAUGACGGUUCACGGAGCGUUCCUCCAUCAGGGCUCGUUCUGCAGAAACUGGUUUAACCUAUUGGACCUGCUCGUCGUCAGCGUGUCGCUCGUCUCCUUCUUCCUUCACUCGAGUGCGAUCUCUGUGGUGAAGAUUCUCAGAGUUCUUCGAGUUCUUCGACCUCUGAGAGCGAUCAACAGAGCCAAAGGACUCAAGCAUGUGGUCCAGUGUGUGUUUGUGGCCAUCAGGACAAUCGGAAACAUCAUGAUCGUCACGACUCUGCUGCAGUUCAUGUUCGCCUGCAUCGGAGUGCAGCUGUUCAAGGGUAAAUUUUAUCGCUGCACUGAUGAAGCCAAACACACUCCUGAACAGUGCAAAGGGACCUUUGUGGUCUACAAAGACGGGGACGUGACCCAUCCGAUGGUCCGAGAGCGGAUCUGGCAGAACAGCGACUUUAACUUUGAUAACGUGCUGAUGGGGAUGAUGGCGCUCUUCACCGUCUCCACCUUCGAGGGUUGGCCUGCUCUGCUGUACAAAGCUAUUGACGCUAACGGAGAGAACUCUGGGCCCAUCUACAACUACCGGGUGGAGAUCUCCAUCUUCUUCAUUGUCUACAUCAUCAUCAUUGCCUUCUUCAUGAUGAACAUCUUCGUGGGUUUCGUCAUCAUCACGUUCAGAGAGCAGGGCGAGCAGGAGUACAAGAACUGUGAGCUGGACAAGAACCAGCGUCAGUGUGUGGAGUACGCUCUGAAGGCUCAGCCUCUCAAACUUUACAUCCCGAAGAACCCGGUUCAGUUCAAGUUCUGGUCCAUCAUCAACUCGACUGGGUUCGAAUACGUGAUGUUCGUGCUCAUCCUGCUGAACACCGUCACUCUGGCUGUUCAGCACUACGAGCAGUCCAAAGACUUCAGCCACGUCAUGGACAUCCUGAACAUGGUGUUCACGGGGCUGUUCACGGUGGAGAUGCUGCUGAAGCUGCUCGCGCUCAGACUCAGGCAUUACUUCGUCGACGCCUGGAACUCGUUCGACGCUCUGAUCGUGGUCGGCAGCGUCGUCGACAUCGUCGUCACAGAGUUUAGUAGUGGUGAGGACAGCUCUCGGGUGUCGAUCACGUUCUUCCGUCUGUUUCGAGUGAUGCGAUUGGUCAAGCUUCUGAGUAAGGGGGAGGGGAUUCGCACGCUGCUGUGGACGUUCAUCAAAUCCCUGCAGGCGCUGCCGUACGUCGCUCUGCUCAUCGCCAUGAUCUUCUUCAUCUACGCCGUCAUCGGGAUGCAGACCUUUGGAAAGAUAGCGAUGCAGGAUUACACUCAGAUCAACAGGAACAAUAACUUCCAGACGUUUCCUCAGGCCGUUCUCCUCCUCUUCAGGUGUGCUACAGGUGAGGCGUGGCAGGAGAUCAUGUUGGCCAGCCUUCCAGGUAAACGCUGCGACCCCGAGUCCGACCACGAGCCAGGAGAAGAGUUCACCUGUGGCAGCAACUUCGCCAUCGUUUAUUUCAUCAGCUUCUUCAUGCUGUGUGCUUUCCUGGUACACAAUCACAUGAUCACCUGACCACAUGAUCACCUGACCACAUGACCACAUGACCACCUGACCACAUGACCACAUGAUCACAUGAUCACCUGACCACAUGACCACAUGUGUUUGCAGUAAUCAGUUCUUCUUCUCCUGCCUCUCAGAGGUCGUAUCAAACACCUGGACGUCGUGGCGUUGCUCAGGAGGAUUCAGCCUCCGUUGGGUUUUGGUAAACUUUGUCCGCACAGAGUGGCCUGUAAGCGUCUGGUGGCGAUGAACAUGCCUCUGAACGCCGACGGGAUGGUGACCUUCAACGCCACGCUCUUCGCUCUGGUUCGCACCGCCCUCAAGAUCAAGACUGAAGGUAACCCUGACCAGGAGAACGAGGAGCUGAGGGUGAUCAUCAAGAAGAUCUGGAAGAGGAUGAAACCAAAACUACUGGACGAAGUAAUCCCACCACAUGAAGAGGAGGAAGUGACGGUCGGGAAGUUUUACGCGACAUUCCUGAUCCAGGAUUAUUUCAGGAAGUUCAGGAAGAGGAAGGAGAAAGGAGACCUGACCGGAGAGAACGACAACACCAACCCAUCUGCUGUCCAGCUGUGUAAGGCUGGUCUGAAGACUCUGCAGGAUCUGGGUCCAGAGAUGCGUCUGGCUCUUAACGAGGACCUGGAGGAGGACGAGGAGGUGAUGAUGGAGGAGCAGGAGCUCGAGGAGAACGCUGCGUUCAAGGGUGAAAAUGGAUUUGGACCAGAGAAAGACCAACGAGGCUCCAUACUGACCACGCCCACAGGUCCUGGUGGUGUUGUCGGGUUUGGCGGCGUGUCUAACGGAGGGCUGAUCCACCGGGUCGGUUCUCUCACCAAGAUGCCGGACAGCAUCAGUGAACACGACGAACACCUUCGCCGUGGAGACAACGUGAGGUCAUCUGUCAAUCAUCACCAUGGCCGCCGCCCAUCAGUGAAGAACAGCCUGCUGGACCACGCCCACAAGAGACCGUCGUACUACAAACAUGGCCGGCGGGACUCGAGAGACUCGAGAGACUCAAGGGACCGGUACUGGAGGAACGGGGACAUGGAGGCACACGGAGAGCAAGGUUACUACAGCCGAGAGGACGACAACGACAGCAUCACCUCCAGAGACAGAGACCACUACGAUGGCCACGCCCCCUACUCCAACGGUAGCUAUGGUGGCUACAGCGAGGGAGGGAGGACGACCCGGAGACGCCUACUUCCUGCCACGCCCACAGGUCGUAAGCCGUCGUUUAACAUCCAGUGUCUGAGGCGGCAGGGCAGCAGUGACGACCUGCCGAUCCCUGGGACGUACCACCCUACCUCACCGCCACGCCGUACACGCACACAGCAAACCUUCAGUAGUUACGAGUCUCGUCACUCCUCCGGUCUCUCAUCGGCGGCCUCCUCUGCUUCCUGGGCGAACCCGUGUCCUCGCCGUGGGCGCCUCCUCUAUGCUCCUCUCAUCCUGGUGGAGGAGGAAGGAAGCCCACCCUGGGGAGGAGGAGCAGGGGAAGGAGGAGGAGAGGGGAAGAAGGGAGGGGCAGGAAGAGGUGUCAGUGUGACAGGUGCAGCACCCAGACCGGCGUGGUACGGUGGCCCUGCAGGGUCCUCAGCUCCGCCUCCGUACAGGGCGUACACCACCCUCAGAGUUCCCUCGCAGCUCGGCGCUCCGCUCACCGAGAAACGAGGAUCAGCUGACAGUCUGGUGGAGGCGGUUCUGAUCUCCGAGGGACUCGGCCUGUAUGCUCGGGAUCCAAAGUUCGUGGCGUUCGCCAAACGGGAGAUCGCUGACGCGUGCCACAUGACCGUGGACGAGAUGGAGUCGGCUGCAAGCGACCUGCUCGGCACAGGGAGCCAUGGUUUACUCGCCAGCACCGCCGCCGACCCCUCCGCACUCUACAGCGACGAGGAGCCAAUCAGGACGGGGCGCGACGAGGAGGAGCUGGCCGACGAGAUGACCUGCGUGACAUCAUUCUGAGGGGCUGAAGCUCUGGGCCAAUCAGGGAGAAGACUGACUUGGCAUCAGUCAUUCACAGUACGUUUGGCCAAUCAGGUGACAAGACAAAGAGGGCGGGGUUUUAAAUGAAGGUUGUCAUGGAGACAGACAUUUUGAGCCUGGUGACGUGUCCCGUGAGCUCGUUAGCACGCAAACAAUGCUAAGCUCCCACAAUGCAUUGGACUGUUAACCAGCUGUAGCUUAAGAUGCUAACUCUGCAGCAAGCUAGCUCAAUGCUAAACUUAGCUCAAUGCUAAACUUAGCUCAAUGCUAAAGUUCGACAGUGUUACAACUCAUUAAGUGUUUUAGCACCAGCUAACCUGGCUACAUCAAAAGUGCUAACUAACAGCAGCUGUGUAGCAUUAGCUCAGAGCUAACAGCAGACACUUUACAAUAAGCUAGCUAAACACUGACACAGCAGCGUUAGCUCGUGUUGUAGCAUUUAUCAGACAUGCUCACAUUAGCAUUAGCAUUAGCAUGAGCUAUCACCGCUCAUCUAGCCCGUCCAACAAAAACAGACAAUAACUAGCGACAGCUAGCAUGCUAGCUCCUGACCUGCUAAUGUUUGUCCUUGGCGCUAACGUUAGCAUAUCUUUAUAUGUGUUUGUGGUGUAGCUGUAGCCUGUUCUCUCCUCUGUACCCGUGUUGUUGUGACUGACAGUGAUGCUACGGUUACCAUGGAUACCACUGACGGUAUGUGAGCUCCGUGCACUCCUGAGCUAACAGCUAACAGACGGGACAGUGUGGGAUUCGAACGCGUGAUGUGACCAAACAUCCACGUUGUUUUAUCUGAGUGCUUCCAAAGACUCACAAGCUGUUCUGUAUCCUGCGUCUCUGUAGCAGCUCCAGGCUACAGAGACGCAGGAUA